AUGAUACAGCCUAAUAGCCAGUUAUUAAUAACUGAAUCGGAGCUAGAGAGGGCCCUUGACGGCGAUUCUUCACCACGAUCAAUUGCUCCGCAGUACGACGAGCUCACCAAAUAUCUCCAGAGUGAAGCACUUGAUGUCCAGACACAUACCUUCGAGGCUAUCAGUGAUGACGAGGAGGAGGAUGUUGAGUUGCGUCUUGACACACCGGCUGCUAUAUCAAUUAUGCAAACAACCCCGAACGCACCGCCACUAUCAGCAGUCGCCGCUGGAAAGCGGUCUGCGGUCACUUCUAGUGGUGAGGAAGAUUCUGAUGCUGAUGGAUUUGCGAACCCGGAGGAGAACCUAUCAUUAUCCUUCCCUGAUACGCAGCAUCGUGUAUCAGGUAGGAUACGGAAGAAGUCGAGACUACUGGAUGGGUAUAUAAUUUGA